UCCUGGAGGCCUAUAAGGAGAAACAUAACCCAACUUCCAUAAUCGCAAGAUUUUUGUCAAAGAUUUCACCGAUUUCAACCAAAAAUCUUAAUUAAUCGUCAUUAUGUCAGCAUGGAGGCAAGCAGGUCUUAACUACAUCAAUUAUUCUCAAAUUGCUGCCCGUCUCCUGCGACAGGCAUUGAAGACAGAUUUGAGGGUAGAAGCUGCGAAGCGAGAUGAAGCGAAUGUUAAAUUCACCCAAUGGAAAGACGGAAAACCCGUCAGUGACAAGAAUUGAAAAUGUACAUUGAUGAGAAAGAACUAGGCUGCGUCUAUCACAGAAGAAUAGAGUCCACCACGUAAAAUAAAACUAAUUUAUGGUCUACCUUGUUCCCUUCCGUUAUGUAAAAUAAACAGAUUUCUUUCUUGAUU